AUGGUGAACUUGGCUGGCAAAGGAACCAAGCUAGAGCUCGGUCUCCCUCCCCUGUCGGACACUCGGGAAAUCUUCGAGGAAAUCACUAAAAAGGGCCUUCAAAAGGGCCUGCAGAAUGCUUUGGACUCUCUACCUGGACCUCUGAGAGUCGCUACAAUGUGCUCAGGCACCGAAAGCCCAUUGUUGGCCCUCGAAUUGUUCCAGGAGUGCCUCGGAAGUUCUGCUUUUGAGCUUGACCAUCUCUUCUCUGCUGAGAUCGUUCCUUUCAAACAGGCUUACAUUGAACGGAAUUUUCGCCCGCCCAUCAUAUUCCGUGAUAUCUGUGAACUUACAAACGCUGUUCACGACGCGGAGCCCAAGGCCACGACCGCAUACGGCGGCAAAGUAGCUGUGCCGAGAGAUGUGGAUCUGCUUAUCGCUGGCACAAGCUGUGUCGAUUAUUCAAUGUUGAAUAAACACAAGAAGACUGUCGACGAUGGCGGAGAAUCUGGCGAUACCUACACUGCUGUGUUGGCAUACUGCAAGGCUUUCAGGCCCUCGAUUGUCCUACUAGAGAAUGUGCUCGGUGCGCCAUGGGACAGGAUGUUAUCGGACUACAAAAAGAUUGGGUAUGUUUCUACUGGAGCCUUCCUCGACACCAAGAGGUUUCAUAUUCCACAAACUCGGCAGCGUGGGUAUAUGGUUUGUUUUGAUCAGCGUGCUACCAGCGUCUCGCUCGAAGGAGCAGGCAAAAAAUGGACCGAGCUCAUGAGCUACUUCAAACGGCCGGCCAGUUCUCCGGUGUCGAGCUUCCUGCUACCCGGUGAUCAGAGGAGGACUCAGCAACAUAUCAAGGAUGACGCCCCUACCAGAGAAAUUGAUUGGACAAGGUGCGAACUCCGCCAUACGGACAUGCGCCAGGAUCUCAGGCUGGGUAAUGGGCGACCAGUUACUCAUUGGUCUGAGAAUGGGUCGGUCUUAGUUCCGGAGGGCGGCGAUCCCACAUGGUAUUAUCGGAUGCCUGAACGAAUCUGGGAUUUGCUAGAUAUCGCCGUCAUGCGCAAUGCUCUGCCAGACCACGGUUUCUACGAUCCUUGGUACAAGACGAAGAUCUGGAAUGUAUCACAAAACGUCGACCGCCAGAUUGACCAGGCUGCAUUCGGUAUCAUCGGAUGUAUCACUCCUACUAUGAUCCCUUUCUUGACCGAUUCUGGGCGAGCGCUCGUGCCCGAAGAGCUUCUGAAGCUGCAAGGGCUGCCACUAGACAAGAUCUCUUUCACUACGGAGCAACCGAGAGAGAUCCAAGACCUUGCUGGUAAUGCGAUGUCGACAACGGUUAUUGGCCCUGCCAUCUUGUCGGCAUUGAUCGCUGGACAUCGCGCCAUCAGCCGCUCACAAGCUGACGAUAGGCGAAGCGCGACACCGACCAAGUCCAGCCUCGGAUUUUUUACCGCACCGACGGAGCGAGUCGCCGCAGCAGCUCUACAGGACACAGUGGACCUGGCGCUGCUUCUGCGCCGAGCUGAACAGGCUGCACGACGUUGCGUUUGCGAGACGGCCGGAAAAAUAUCAUCGAGGCCCAUACAGAAAUGCACUGGUUGUGGUCACACUGCUUGUUAUGACUGUGCUGGAAACCCAACACACGUCUACAAACAUGAUCCUCAGCUAAGCCGUGAUAGAUCUACACCGAGCGACUUCGAGGACUUCCUGCGCUCUACGCUUCCUCUCGUGUUGAACUUCACAAGCUCCUCAUGGCAGGACCUUGCGUUGAGCAAGGAGCUUGAAGCCAUCGUAAAAGCCAUUGGUCCACAGUUCAGCCUGCAGUCCAUUCGCCGUACUCAUUGCUGGACCGUCACUUAUGCCGGGAGUGGCGCGCGUCUUGAGCUGAGUCUUGCGACAGAUCGAGCAAACUGGCGCCUCUUCGCUGAUAUACCAAAACACCUUCCAUCGAACAGUGCGCUACGUGCUCAGCUAGUACAGCCUAUCGCUGUCGGAACUGCGAGGAAUUCUCUCUUUCCCGAUCGGUGGCAGGCUCGUAAUCCCGAAAGUAUGCGGUAUCCCAUUCAAAUUCGAGAAUCUGGUGAUAGAGUAGCCUCUUGGUGGGCUCGGCUUGGUCUGCUCGACUACGCCUCGCACACCGUCCCAGCAUUCCUUGACAUCACAGUUGACACCCCGUUGGCUAUGCUCAGCGGUAGAUACGAGUAUCUCCCGCAUUGCGGCAAAGCUUCAGACAGUUUGUUCAAGCGGACAGAUCCUGCACAACCACCGAUGUUCCUGUUCUUGGAUCCCACAGGCACAGGGGAACCGGAGGCAGACUGCUUCGUAUUCUCUGACAAUAUUGAGCGUUUAGAGUAUGAUGAAGUGCGGAGUGUUUUCGCGAGCAUCGCUGCGCCGUGGCGUCCAUGGGCUCGCCCUGGAAAGCUGGCGACAAAGCCCCAGCUCGCCGUCAGCGGUACAUGGCAUGAGCACGCCUGCCAUCUAGCAGCAUCCGAGCCCUUGAUCGAGAUUGAUCGGCUGAAGGCUGUAGGGACUGUAGUCGGGGCAGCGGCUUGCACCCAGACUGUGCAACUGCUUAGCGCAUUUCUCAAGGGCAAAGAAAUUCAGAAAACCAACGCGCCUGUUCUUGUCGAUCACAAGUGGGCACUCGAGGCCAUGGGACGCGCAUUUCCGACCUCCGAGUGGCGUCCCCUGGCAGCACAGGCAGCAAGUCUCCGAUGCGAACGGUGUGCGCCAAGCCGUCCAGAACUGCGAUGGGCGCUCCAAGACAACAACGAGAUCAAGGCAUACGAAGAUAUGCCUAGUGCUGCUGCUUAUGAGCAGGCGAUCAAAGCUCGCCCACAAGCUGUUGUUCUUGUGGCGACGCAGGUAUCCGACGGCCUCAAGGUCGACCUAGGGGUCAAUAUCGCAACGCUUGCGCAUCGUGCGAGGGCUAGACUGCCAAGUGCUGCCAGCGAUGUGGAAUACGUUUGGCGUAUUCUGCACAAGACCGACAGGACCCCUUAUGUAUUCAAGAAGUUCAAACUUGUUUCCAAUGAAAAUGACGAUGCAGACCUCCACUCUACUGACACUGGGCUUUCGGUGGAAUUGUUUCACGCGCAAAGGCAGUCGUUAGCGUGGAUGAUUGAGCAAGAGAAAGGGGCUCGAUUCACUCUUGAAGAAUCAGAAGAAGAGACCGUUGCCGCUUCAGGGUGGAUGGCUUCGGGGUGGAUGGCAGAGGUGCGCGCUCGUGCUACAGUGAACGUUCGAGGCGGAAUCUGCGCUGAUCAUCCUGGAUUUGGCAAAACAAUUACGAGUCUGGCUCUUAUCGGUAGCGCACUGAAGUCCACGUCUGCUGGAGACGAGGACAUUAUAAGAGAUUUGCAAACACGGCAGCCAGCGGGUCUCAAAGCUACGACGGCGACACUUAUUGUGUGCCCGCCUUCACUCGUUCAGCAGUGGGUCGAUGAAAUUAAGAAUAAAAUGGGCCUCCAGAACGGCGUAUACCGCAUUGCUACCCCUAAGCAUUUGAGCAUGUACACCAUUGCGGACUUUGCGAAGGCGAAGAUUAUCGUCGUUAGUCGUACAGUAUUUGCAAGUCCGGAGUAUACUAAUCGAUUGGCAUCUUUUGCAGCAGUGCCAGGACCGGCAGCUUUAAAGGGACGCGCUUUUAUGCGGUGGAGAGAUUACGCAGUGCAGCAGAUCCCUGAACAUCUUGCUAUACUUGAGGGAGAGGGCAAAGGCAGCUUGAUCACGCACGUCAAAGCUACCUAUCGCGCGAACCUGAAGAACGAAGAGUUUAAAGCAAUGGUGCCAUCAAGACGCCAUCGUGGCCAGGGCUAUAUCGCAAACAAGAACAAGAACAAGAACCAGAAGCUGACGUCGGCUCAACAAACAAUGCAGGCAGCGCCUGAUACCCUCGACACCGCAACGAUCGACCAGCCACUGUUUGAAAUGUUCUACUUCAAUCGUCUUAUCGUAGAUGAGUUUCACGAUUAUGAUCCAACAGACUAUGCGGCAACAGUGGCUUUGACGGCAGACAAAAGAUGGGGACUCUCUGGUACGCCAGCAAUCGAAGAUUUCUUCCAGGUCGCUCAAAUGGCGAAACUUCUUGGUGUUACCUUACCGAUCGGUUCUAUGGACGCAGCAGUGAUCAAGGCCUCUAGCCGUAAAGCGUUGACGAAGGACUUGUCGCCAUUUGAGCUGUUCGAUACGAUGUCGCGUCACCUGCCUUCGCACGCGAAGUAUGCCAGUAUACAUGCGCUCCACCAGCGCUUUCUAGGAACCUUUGCGCGUCAAAACGUGGGUGACUUCAGCGAGAUGAAGUACGAGGACUAUCUCGUCCCCGUUCACUUGGACGUUGAGCACCGGCUGCUCUAUACUGAGUUAUCUCAACACCUCAAUACGACGCAAAUGCGAAUUAAGGCCACUGGAAAGUCCAAAACAACCGAUCGAAAUCGACGACUGAACGAAGCAGUAUCGAGCUCGUCUACAGCUGAAGAAGCGCUGUCUAAAGCAGCUGCAUUUGUGGAUCAGACCUCGCGCGGUGUCCUUCUGGAUGACUUGAUAGACUCCUGUAACAGCCAUAUCGCGAAUCUACGCGCCUCGCUUGCGGACAUGGCAUCGCACGUGACAGCCAAAGAAAAAGCAAGGUUCGACGAGUGGUCGGCAUGUAUGCUCAAUGAAGGUGUCGACGAGGUCGCCUCGAUCUUUGCAUCGGCUCGCAAGGCAUCGAAGACUACCAGAGGCGGGAGCAAAAACGACACGGGGAGUUCUGUGCACAAGCUGAACAGCUUGUGCAGCAGGCUGUUGAUGGAAAGGAGAUCUCUGCGCUACUUGACGACUGCCCGGCAGCUCCAGGACGAUUCACAGAACAAGAGAAAGGUCAACAGGUGCACCAACCCGGCGUGUGCGACUCCCGUCCCUACCAACUACGCGCUGUCGGCUGUUUGUGGCCAUCUGAUAUGCGAGACGUGCUAUCAGCACAACAAAAAGGCCGCAACCACUCUUUGCCCGGCUGCGGGUUGCUCGAGCGCUGUGCAAGCACAUCAUUUGUUAUGGACCACCAAAAUGGGAGACCUCAAUCGCAUCAAGCCGUCGCCGUACGGUGCGAAGCUCGAAAAGACGAUGCAGAUCCUGCAAAUGGUGCAGAGUAAGGGCGAGCAGGCCAUUCUGUUUGUACAAUUUGCCCAGCAACUUCAGCAGGCUGCCCUCGCAUUAAAGCACUAUCAAAUCUCAGGCAUCGUAGUAGAGAAUGCCGCGCAAGCUGGAAGUCAGUUGGAGGCCUUCCGAGCCUCUGCUGACACUGUGAUCGUGCUCAACGCCGCCGACGAGACAGCGGCAGGCUCUAACCUGCAGAACGCCAAUCAUGUCAUCUUCCUGAGCCCGCUGCUCCAGCAGACGCAAUACAAGUAUGACUCCACCAUGGCACAAGCGGUCGGUCGAGUACGUCGAUUUGGACAGUCGAGACCGAUUUAUGUGUACCGCAUCGUCGCUUUGGACACGAUUGACGUGGACGUCUUGGAGCAUCGCGAGCGGCGCUCAGAUGCGUUGGUGGAGCAGCACGCACCCAAAAUUUCGACAAAGCACGCAAAGGCCGGACCAGAGCGAACUCAGCUCGUUCGCGAAGACGGACAAUUUAGUCUACGGCCACAGAGCUGGCUCGUUGGGUGCGAUGCGGAUCUCGACGCAGAUGAAAUGGAGAAGGUGAAAGGGAAGGGCCGCGUGAUGGGCUGGGAGGACUUCAGCUCGCUGGUCAAGUUCUCUUCAAAGUACACGGAAAAUGACGACUGA